AUGCUGGUCCCUGGAUUGAGCGGGAGGCUAAUGCAGGUUGGGACCGUUGUCCGCCCCGCCCGCGGCGUGGAUGACGCUGUUUCGGGCAUGGUUGCUGCUGCGGCUUCAACUGGCCUUGCGCGCAAACACUGGCGCACCACGGCUAAUUACGAGGUCUUUGCGGGAAGUGGAGGUGCAGCGAAGAUGAAGCUGGUUCGAUGGUGCCAAUGCCAACACCUGUCCACUUCGUACACGCGCUCAUUGGCAGUGCCUUGUGCAAGGCUACCGGUUGAAUGCUCGGUCAACCACAUGGCGGAUUUCUCCCGGGGGGCAGCACGUGAGGAGCUUGCAGGCAUCUUCCCGCACCCAUCCAUGUCGCCGCAAGGUAGACGUCUGCAUCCAGCAUUCCAAUACAUCUCCCAAGACAAUGCCCCCAUGCGCCACGGUAUUGAACGAGCAGCGUCGUACGAUGCUGACCACGAAAUGUGCAGUUCACCCAUCGCACCUUCCCCACACCCACCGCUUUGCCCGCUGCAUUGGGAUUAA